GCUGAGGCUACGGGGAGGCAGCAUCACUGGAUGGAAACAGGCUCACCGAUGCAGGCUGUUUGACACCACAAGCGCAGGGAGAAGAAGAAACCAUCCAGUGGGAGCGGCGAAGAGCAUCUGCAAGCAGGUAUGAGGCCCCGGUCCAAGCUGCUGUCCAAGAGGAGAACCACGCUGCCCACCAUCCGAGAGGGCUCCGAGGAGGCGGUGAGGGAUCUGAACGAAGCCAACACGCUUCACACCCACAGCCAGGCGGUGUCAUCGGAGGACUACCUCCUCUCCAUCUGCCACCUGGCACACCCCACCUUCGCCACGAGAGCUGUCUCGCAGCCGGAUGCUGUGUCACGGCACAGCGGCGCAACGCUGCCCGCCUCCGAGCCCAGCCGAGAAAGAGAAGGGAGUGUGACUGACGCGCGACAGGACGAGGGGGGAGACCUGAGGAGCACCCUGAUGUUCGGCUACUCCGACCCUCUGGAGUAUCUUUACGGACACCACAGCCACCCCUCCGCCCUCCCGGGCGGCGUGAGGGGGGCGCUGGCAGAGGGGAGGCUCGUCAGACAGCGUGGCAGAGCGUGGGAGGGCCAGGCUCGCGGCCGGGCCCACAGCAUCCCCCGAACCUCCAGUCCAGACUUCCCGCGCCAACGCAAGAGCAGCUGCCCCGAGCUGCGGACCAGCUCCGCGGCUCAGCCUGCGGCCCCGAUGCACAGCUCGUCCAGGUCCGAGACCCCGAGGAGUCGGCCAGCGGACGAGGAGAAUCCCACAAACAUCAAACAGUCCCUCAUCUCGCAGUGGAUCUCUGACUGCAGGCUGGCAUGGAAGGAAGCGCGCACACGGGCGUGCAUGCUGCCCGCCAUCGCUGAGGUGUAAGGCGCCAAAGGACAACCUCUGUAAACAUUCCUCAGAAAUAUCCUAAUCUUUCUGUGUCAGUGCAUGUGACAUUAACAUUAGGAGACAGGAAAAAAGAGAAACACUUGAAAACAUGCAAAAGCAAAUAAAUGUUAUGAUCGUUCAUCUCUGAUGUUGGAACUGUGCUAUUUACUCUCGCAUCCUUUGUACUCUUGAUGUAUGCUGGUGAACAUACAAAUCUAUGAAAAUGGGAAAAUCUGUACCAUCCCUUUUAUAUUUUCCAGUGUUUUGUGAAUUACUU